AUGCCAGAAACCAAUCCCCGGGACAUCCUCCCGAAUCUCCCCUGUGCCCUCCCAAAAACAGGCAUCCCAGAAGAUACAGACAUCCGCAAGGUCGCGGGCUUCUUCUCCGACCUCUUGCGCACCGACCUCACGCCCGCUUCCUUCACCCAAGACGCAGUAUGGCGGGACACUUUCGCGCUGACCGGCACCUUACGAACCAUCUACUCCGCCCCCACCAUCAGCGAUGUCUUCAACCGCCUACGCACCAGCCGGGAAGCCCAUGCCUUUUGUGUCCACAUCGACACCGCAAAGCCCAUCCGCCUGAGCGCCGAAUGCGGCCGGAUCGACGUGCCCUUCGUCUUUCAGACCCGAUCACGCCCGGGGACCUAUUGCUCCGGGGUGGUGUCGGUGGUCCGGGCCGCGGACGAGGAGUAUCGUGUGUGGAUGCUGUGUACGAUGCUUGAGGGACUGCACGGGCGCGCGGAUGUUGAUUCCCUGUGUCCCGGGGUGCAGAACAUCCAUGAGAUUCGCUGCACCGAGAAUAUGGACUUUGAAUGUGUGGUCGUCGGGGCGGAACACUCGGGGUUGGGAACGGCGGGCCGGUUGAAGGCCCUGGGGGUUUCGUGUGUUGUGAUUGAGAGGAAUGCGCGGGUUGGGGAUAGUUGGCGGAGGAGGUAUAAUUCGCUGAGGUUACACACCAUUCGCAAUUGGUCUCAUCUCCCCUUUGAGCGUAACUUUUCCCCCUUCAAUGUCUGGACGGUGACCGAACUGGAAUCCGAAAUCUGGGAUGAGAACAAGAGGAAGUGGACGCUGAGACUUCAACGGUAUGGAGAUGAUCAGCGGCCGAGUCGUCGUCUGUCAGUCACUUGCUCUCGUGUCGUGCUGGCCACAGGCGGACCGGCGUUGACACCUCGCAAGCCUCGAUUUCCGGGCGAGGAGACGUUCAAAGGUGAGAUCCUGCACUCGGCGAAGUACAAGAAUGGGAAGACAUGGAAAGGUAAAAGGAGCAUGGUGAUUGGCUCGGCCAAUACAGACCUGGUCGCAUAUGGAGCUUCAAGUGUCAUCAUGGUGCAGCGCAGUACGACUUAUGUUCUGCCCCGGGAAUACUUGCAGCGAGCAUGGGAAGGCAUGUUCAGCGAGGUGACUCCUACUAAAGUCUCCGAUCGCGAGAUGAACCUCGUCCCGACGGCUGUGGCGCGUUUGAUGACCAUGGCAGCCUUGAAUCAGCGUCUUGGUGGGCAUUCUAUGGAUACAGGGCCAUCGGCAAUGAUCGCCAGGGGCGAGAUCAAGGUCAAGUCCGACAGCGCGGUAGUCUCGUACACAGAAGAGGACCUUCUUCUCGAUGACGGGAGUGUUCUUCCGGCGGAUGUUGUGAUCUUCGCGACGGGGUUCACAGGGAUUCUCCGUGACUCGGUCCGCACCUUCUUCGGCGAAGACGUCUACGAUCGCGUGGAGGACUAUUGGAGGGUAAGUCCUGGUCUAUGGUAUAUUGGAGGGAGGGGCCAAGCUAGAUUCUAUUCGAGAUUUGUGGCUUUGCAGAUCCGUGCCAGCAUCGAUGGAACUCCAUUGCCUGCGUACCAAAGAAUACACGUAAAAGAGAACUCGGCAUCGUCGGUGAUAUUCUAUCUCUCAUGA